UCACUGUGCUCUAAACAAACACCAUUACAAGUUUACAACCAUUAUUUUGAGAUUAUUGAGAGAAAGGAAAUUGAUCUUAUGAAAUUUCCUCAUAAACCCUACUUGAUAGCAAAUAAAUCCACGUGAGUAGCACAUGUUCAUAGGUUUAAGGAGGGUUUAAGCCCCAUUUCGCCUAAAUUCUAACCACCUCCUCAAAACCUCACUUUCAGAAAACCUCCAUGAAAAUGGAACUCAAAAUCAAAUGAACAUUUCCUCACUCCUCAAUUCAAUAUCUCUCCUCCCUUAAACAAACCUUCAGUUCCUCAAUUUAAUCGCACCACCAUGAGUUCACUCACCUCAAGGUCAAAACCCAUUUACCAUUUCCUCCUAUCUCGAUCUUCCCCGCCCUCAAAAAUCCUCUGCGUAUCUCUCUUUUCCACCUCUAAUUCGUCAUCUUCUUACCAGAAUUACUCUUCUUCGACUUCGCAAUCGCCCUCGCGGCGGCAUGACGAAGAUAGCAAGAGUGUGAGGGUUUCAGUGUGGUGGGAUAUCGAGAAUUGCACCGUACCAACUGGGGUUAACGUUUUUAAGAUUACCCACUCAAUUACUUCAGCAGUUAGAGCAAAUGGGAUUAAGGGUCCUGUUCAAGUUAACGCAUUUGGGGAUGUUGUGUGCCUUACUAGGGCUAAUCAGGAGGCUUUGUCUAGCACUGGUGUCAACCUUGUUCACAUCCCCCAUGGUGGAAAGAAUAGUGCUGAUAGGUCCCUUCUUGUGGACCUUAUGUAUUGGGUGUCUCAAAAUCCUCCACCUGCACAUAUCUUUUUGAUAUCUGGUGACAGGGAUUUCGCCGGUAUCUUGCACAAAUUGAGAAUGAACAAUUACAAUAUACUCCUUGCUGGUAAAGAAGGCAAACAUACUCCUGGUGUCCUCUGUAGUGCUGCAAGCAUCAUGUGGCACUGGAAUGAAUUAGCUAAAGGGGAAAACCUUUCUGGUAGGCAUUUUAACCAGCCACCAGAUGGCCCCUUCAAUUCUUGGUAUGGCCACUACAAAGGACCUCUUGAGGAUCCAUACCAAGUACCUGAGCAGCAAAACUCUUUGACGGCUAACAAUUCAUCCAAGCCCGAGCCCUCCUCAGAGUCUAACGGCUCUAACCACCGUGCCGUACCCAUUGCAGUUUUGAGGCAGCUACGUCGUAUUGUUAACGCAUAUCCCGAAGGACUUACCAUUGUAGAACUUCGAUCUGAAAUGACAAGAAUGAAAGUGCCUUUUGAUAAAGACUUCUACGGUCAUAAAAAAAUGUCCCGCUUUCUGCUGUCAAUACCUCACAUUGUAAAGGUUGAACCUCAUCCUGAUGGUCAGUUCUUUCUACGCCCUGUUACUCCACAAGUUCGAAAUAUUGUAGAAGGGAAUGAUACUUCUGUAGGGUCCAUGACUGAGAAGAAGAAGAAGCAGGACGCCGAGGUGGCCAAAGAAGCAAAUGCUCAGACUCACAAAAUUACCAGAAUGAUGGAUAUUGACCCACAGUUGCCCGUGUCCCCUUAUGUUGAUCGUAUAAAGAAAACAGUGGAAGAGGACAAAAAAGCAUUAGAUGUUUCCCAAAAUGACAACAUAGUAGCUUCGACUAAGGAGCUCCCUGGAAAGGAAGCAUUAAAAGAUGAUGUAGUUGAGAUUCCUGUGGCUGCUAAGGAAGAACAAAGUUCAAAAAGAAAAGUUGGUUUGUUAAAACGGUUAUGGUUUGGCACUAGUACAGAUGCGGAGGACACAAGUAAUGAUAUUCCUGGUAAAUUGAAUACAUCUAAUGGUAGCCCAAAAAUGUCAAUUCCCAAAGUAGAGGAGGCUAAGUUAACCAACCAGCAUGGCAGUCAACACCCAGCACAUUCGUCUACUGUGUUAGCUGAGGAUGCCAAACGUAAUGUAUCUGAUAAACCCGAAGCUAGUCUGAGUUUCAUUACAAGGGUAAUAAGCUGGUGUAAAUCAUGGAGGAAUUCAUCAGUCAGGACAACAAAUGAACAAUCGAGUGAAGAGCCAGGCUUUAUAGAAGAAAAUUCACAGAUGUCGGAUGAUGCUUCACACCCAAGAAAACAUGAGCUGUUCUUUAACGAUACUUUCUGGAUUGGUCUUCAAUCAUUUUUCAGAACACGAAGAGGAUCUGACAUUGUUUUAAAUUCAACAUCCAGGGAACAAUUUGCUGAAAGGCUUCAGAAAGAAGGACCUUUGGUUCUUCGACCUUUGCAUGGAAGUGAUCUUCAGCACUUGAUAAAUUUACUAGUUUCGGAAAAGAAAUUGAUUAAGGAGUUCCCAACACAAACUCCUCGUUUCAGAAUUGUUAACCCUCCCGAGGAAAGCUCUGCAGAAUUUCAACCUCAGAGUGGCCAACAUCAGAGUUCAACUGGGUUAAGUUCUAUGUUUAAGAACUCACCUUCUAAAGAAGACCCUCAAUUGAAGGUUUCCUCUGCUUUGCACAAGAAGCCUUCUGAAAACUCCAGAAGUGAGGUCCUAGCAGACUGUCAGAAGCUUUUGGAUGAACUUGUAUCGCAGUACCCUGAAGGUUACAACAUGGGUCUCUUCAAAAAGCAUUUCCUAGAGAAGUAUGGAUAUUAUCUUGAUCACCAAAAGCUUGGUUACCCGAAACUGGUAUCACUCCUUCAGAUAAUGCCUGGUGUGAAAGUAGAAUCUGCUUGUAUUUUUCCAGAUACUGUGGUUUACUCCCCCGGUAUUGAGUCUUUGGGCCUCGCAGAGAAGUGUUCAGGUUCAGAUGGUGACGUGUCUGAUUCACCAAGGAAGAAUGAGGAUGGUGAAUAUCAAUGGGAAGAACUUGGUCCAGUUGCGAAACAGGAGAGAGGGUUCUCUCCAAGCUCGGUGAAUGGUAAUUAUGAGGCUUCUGUAUCAGAUGAUGAAUUUUCAGAAUUGGAAGAGGACGAAGCUUCAUCCCCAGUUAAAGCAGAUGAUCAUAACAGGUCUAGGGUGGAUGAGGAGGACAGCUCGCUACUGCAAAUCUUGGAUUCAUGGUACAGCACCAAGGAUGAAGGCGAACCUCAGGAUCAUGGUUCUCAUGCCAAGGGUUUAGUAGACUGUUUUAAGGAGGAAUGUGAGUUGCCUCAAUCAUCCAACACCAGUGUCAAAGGUGAAACUGCUGCUGGUUGUACUUCUGCUUCUGCAGUGCAUGCGCGGAAGCAGAGGUCACAAAAGAGCUACACGUUUGUUUCAGAUCCUAUUGAGACUAAGAAGGACAAGCUGAUUAAUGGAAUUUUGGGUAGUUUGAAGAAACCGGGACAAUCAAAGAUGCAAGAUUGAAGGGGUCUAGUCCCGUUUUAAGGUAACACAAAUAUUUUCCAAAAUUGCUAGUGCUUUCAAGAUAGAAUAUCCACUCUGCACACACUAAGAAAAUAAGAUCUAUUACUAUGAGAUCCUAAUUUUAACCAUUGAAAUAGACCAACUAUAUAUAGUCUUAGCAAUGAAAAUUAUUCGCUUCAUCCACGAAUGGACCAACUAUCUACUGUCAUGCAAAGUUAUUCCCUCGUAGUUAAUUGCACACUUCAUAUUAGAAAUGUAAUCUUGUAACUCAAAUUAUUUUGGUUGGAUGGUUUGUUCAAUGGUAGUUCAGAAUUCCGCAGAAUCAUACGAGUCAACAACGAAAUUUGGGUUUUUUGAAGAAGUUCUACUUCUGAAAUCAACAAGGUUUGUCAAGUUGUCAUACUCAUGAUUUUGCAUCUCCAAUAGAGCCUUUUGUGGUAAGAGGUAAGCUUUGAUGGGGAACGUUGAAACUGGAGUUCUUGUUUUCAUUCAUCUAACUAACACACCUAACAUUGGAGGAUUCAUUGGUUCUUGGAAUCUACGUGAACAGAUAGGUCUGGUCUGUCCCAUGUCCUCUUCGCUAUUGUCUCCUUAAUAAGCUUGCCAAGGAGAAGCUUUCAGUUUAUCAGUGAAUUUGUGCUUUGGUGUUGACACAUUGGUUGCGUGGUCGCAAUCCUUUUCUCCAUGGCCGAGUGUUCCACACACAAAGCAGAAGAGGGGUAGUUUCUCGAACUUUACCUUUACUACCUCUAUCAUUCCACCUCUCAUUUUAAGUUGGAUGUUUUUAAAGUCCAAAAAUUGUGAUAAAUGACCUUAUAAAAAAUUGUUUCGAGAUGGAAAGUAAAAUUGUUUUUUUUUUU